AUGGUAACAUUACCAAAAUCGAUGGUGGUGGGUACAGCUGAUCAUUUACCUACAGAUGUAUAUUGUUCUACAUUAUUUUCAAACAUUGAAACAGAAGGAACCUAUGUUACACGUGAAGAAGAAAAACAAUCAAUGGAUUUAGAUAAAAUUAUUCUUACAUUAACUCAACACCUUGGAAAUAAUCAAUUAUAUUAUCAACAGGUAAUAAAUCUUUUAAAAAAUCAUAUUAUUUUGUUUG